AUGGUGGGUGUUAUUUCGUUGAUAACAGGAAUGGCUGGUCCAAGUAGGUUUGGAUCAUCUUCAACCGCAGAGAUGGUUACCGAAGGAAUUGAUGUUAGCAACCUUAACGCAAUUAUCACAGGAGGAGAAAGUGGUAUUGGGUUGGAGACAACAAGAGUGUUGGCUCUUAGAAAUGUGCAUGUCAUCAUUGCUGCAAGAAGCAUGGAAUCUGCAGAGGAAGCUAAGCAGCAAAUAACACAAGAGAACAAGUUUGGACGAGUUGAUAUAAUGAAACUUGACUUGUGUUCAACAAAAUCUGUCAAAUCAUUUGUAGAGAAUUUCAUUGCUCUCAAUAUCUUAAUAUAUGAUAAGAUCAAUGAUCAAAAUGGUUAUUCUAAUAAAAAAGCUUUUGGACAGUCCAAGUUAGCCAACAUAUUACAUGCAAAUGAACUCUCCCGUUGUCUUCAGCAAGAGGGUGUGAACAUUACAGCCAACUAUGUUCAUCCAGAAAUAAUAAUGACUCCUCGUAUGAGAUAUUCUUCUUACCUUAUGAUUUUCUUGAAGAUCUUCAGCUUCUACAUAUGGAAGAACGGAGCAGUUACAACAUGCUAUGAUGCACUUCACCCAAAUGUGAAAGAUGUGAUUGGGAAGUACUUUGUGGAUUGCAAUGAAUUCAAGCCAAGUGCAUUUGCUAGAAAUAAACGACUAGCAAAGAAGCUUUGGGAUUUCAGCAACAAUUUGAUCAACUCAAUCUCAAAAGCUUGAUGGAGCACACUUGAUGUUUGGUUCACUACUUGAUCAUCUCAACUCGUGGUUAUGUGUAAUAUCAUGUAAUGAUGUAAGUUGUAUGUUUGUUGUAAGGUGCGUGUUUAUUUACAAUAAAAUUGCUAGCUCUAUAAGGAUAAGGAUGUUUGUAAUCAUGUGUGUUGUGAGGAUGAAAUAAAUGUCAAUACUUGCCAUCUCUAUAAGGAUAAUGAAUAAACAAGAUGAUGAUUGACAGAAUAUACAUGAGUUGAAGUCACUCUCAUACCGGAGGGAGCACCUCAAAUAUUUUAUGUAUUUAGAUCUCAUAGUUGGGCGUUUUAUUUUCCUUAAAACAUGAAUUUUUUUGGC